CAUCACUCCACUCCACCUACCUGUCUCGCCCUCCUUGUUCACAUCAUCUCCCUUGGCUUUCCGUUGGACGCUUCGAGAGAGAGAAGGAGGAAGAAGAAAGAUGGCGGACGAGGGGACGGCCAACUGCAUCGACAUCAUCCUCGCCAUCAUCCUGCCGCCGCUCGGCGUCUUCUUCAAGUUCGCCUGCGGGAUCGAGUUCUGGAUCUGCUUGCUGCUCACCUUCUUCGGCUACCUCCCCGGCAUCAUCUACGCCGUCUGGGUCAUCACCAAGUAGGACUGCAGGAGGGGCUCCUCUGCCUCUGCCGCUAGGUGAUCCAUGGCGAACUUGUUCUGUGUCUGGCACAAGCCGUUUGUCUGAGAUGCGAGCUACAGUUCAUGGUGCUGCCUGCCUACAUGUGUGUGUUCAUGCUGUUGUACAUCUGUGUGUGUUGUCCGUGCUUGAUGAUUAGCCUCCUCUCCUGUCACCCUCCCCAGUGUAGUGCAUCCAUCCAUCCAGUUGUUCCUCCGCGCAUUUUCGUCGUCCAUGUACUUUGAACUUUGAUUAAUUAAUUAAUUAAUCAAUCAAUUGAUUGGUGGAGAA